UGUUCGGCCUCCGCAAGCCAUGCGAUUGGGUUUGUGCAGCAGAGCCCUUUCUCCUGCGCCUUGAGAGAACCAUGUCUUGAACUCCAUCGUCCGCCGUCUUCGCCACCCGAGCUCCCCAUACUUGACUUCUACCUGCCUGCCAUCAUCAUGGCUCCGAACGGCUCGCUAUCCCCCGGUGUCGAUAAUCUCCUGCCCAACCGAAAUGCAACACGCAAGCUUGAGGCCUCAAGCGUGGCGGCCAGGAGCCAGCAUGCCAUCGCGCCCGAGUUCUUUCCCCACGGCAAGCGCUCGCUGCGUGGCAUCGCUGUGCGUGCAUUCUGCUUGGGAUGCGCAAUGGCUCUCGGCCUCGUCGGUACUGCUCUGCUCGCAUACAACGGCAAUCCUCUAUGGCGACCAUUCAUGUUUCUCGGCGCGCUGUCCAUAUUCCACUUCCUCGAGUUUUAUACGACGGCCGCGUACAACACCCCGGUCGCGUACAUCUCCUCAUUCCUCCUCACCAACGGCGACCAAUACCGCCAAGCCCAUACCAUGGCCUUCAUCGAGACUCUGGUGACUUCGUGUCUCUUUCCCGGCUACCAAUCGACAAUUCACCCGCCGUGGGUCAUCGCGCUGGGCAUAAGCAUGGUCGUGGUGGGACAAGCUGUGCGCAGCACAGCAAUGAUGCAGGCGGGCACCAACUUCAACCACCAAGUGCAGUCGCGUAAGAGUGACGGGCACGAAUUGGUGACCCAUGGGCUGUACCGCUACUUCCGUCACCCCUCGUACUUUGGCUUCUUCUGGUGGGGCAUCGGCACACAGGUCAUGCUGGGUAACACUGUCUGCUUCUUGGGAUACACGGGCGUGUUGUGGUAUUUCUUCAUGACACGCAUUUCACACGAAGAGAAACAUUUAAUCGAGUUCUUCGGCGAGGAGUACAAGGUGUACAGGGCAAGAACCCGUGUCUGGAUACCCUUCAUCUAAGCGUCAACUGUGCAGCUUCCGGACAGUUUGGUUGUGCCAGCUAAGUCCAAUGAAUCUCAUAAUGCUACGCUUCACUUCACAACCGAGUCACUUUCCGUCUGGAUAUAUGCAACCUGUGAAGCUCUUUCGUGUUCAUUUGCAAGCCAAGAGACGUCUCUGAGCAUACGCAGAUGAGCUUGUGUCAUUCAUGGAUUAUUUGCAUUUCCUUAGCCAUCUGCCGCUUGUCUCCUCGGCUCAAAGCGACUACACAAUUAUGUUUUCAUUC